AUGAGCAAAACCCAUCUUUCGAAAUGAUUACAAAGCUAGACAGCAUGCUUUUGGCCAAGAAAAAGUUCAUUUACCAUUAUAAGAACAUACGCUGGGCUAAAGGUCGGCAUGAGACAUACCUGUGCUUUGUAGUGAAGAGACGAGUGGGGCCAGACUCCAUGUCCUUUGACUUUGGACAUCUCCGCAAUCGUGCUGGCUGCCAUGUAGAGCUGCUGUUCCUGCGCUACCUGGGAGCGCUUUGCCCUGGACUGUGGGGGUGUGGAGGCAGCACUGAGAAGAAGCUCAGUUACUCCAUCACCUGGUUCUGCUCCUGGUCUCCCUGCGCCGACUGCUCCUUCAGACUGUCCCAGUUCCUCAACCGGACGCCCAACCUCCGCCUCAGGAUCUUUGUCUCUCGCCUCUAUUUCUGCGACCUGGAGGACAGCCGUGAGAGGGAGGGCCUGAGGAUGCUGAAAAAAGCCGGCGUGCAAAUCACUGUCAUGAGCUACAAAGAUUACUUCUAUUGCUGGCAGACAUUUGUGGCACAUAGAAUGAGCAGCUUCAAGGCUUGGGAUGGGCUGCACCAAAACUAUGUUCGCCUGGCCAGGAAACUCAACCGCAUCCUCCAGGCCUGUGAGACAGAAGAUUUAAGAGAUGCAUUCAAGCUUCUUGGAUUGUGAAGCAGUCUCCUAUGUCCUCCUCUGGUGCUGCCAAUACAGUGAAAAGUAACAUGUUGAUGUUAGUCCAUCACUACAACUACUGAACUGAACUGAGACUUGAAAAGAAAAGAGAGGAAAAGAAA